UGUACCGUGUCUCGCGCAAAGCGCGCACCGCAGCAACUAGACGCAACGCAACAUCGAAUACAGAAAGUCAGAAGGAAUUAUUGUAAAAGUAAAUACUCAAUAAGGCAAAAAAACACAAAAAAACUAGAAGAAUUCGUUGAGAAAAAGCGAAACUACAACGACCAACAUUAAAGUGUGAGGGAUCGCUACAAAAUGCCUCAGACCAAUUCCCACAAUGCCGCAGAUGCCAUCGAACAAAAGUUACUCGGCAUACUCGCGGCACAGGAUCUAGGCGAUAUAACACAAGAACUAUGCGAUUUCUCCCUCGAAGAACAAAAUGCAACAGCCGAGGCUCAGGGUAUACAACCAAGCGCUGCGGCCGACUACAUACCCGUGUUGGGCAAAUCCGUGACCUAUAUUGUAGCCUGUGUGUUGUUUAAUGAGCGCGAUGAGGUACUCAUGAUGCAGGAGGCUAAGCAAUCUUGUGCUGGUAAAUGGUAUCUCCCAGCUGGACGCAUGGAGAAAGGUGAAACCAUUUGUGAGGCAGCUGUGCGUGAGGUGUACGAGGAGACUGGCCUUAAUGUGGAACUCACCACACUUUUGGCCAUUGAGGUUGCGGGUGGUUCUUGGUUCCGUUUCGUGCUCACUGGCCGCGCAACUGGUGGCAUACUGAAAACACCCGCACAAGCGGACAAUGAAUCGUUGCAAGCUAAAUGGAUUUCCAGGCUCUCCGAAUUGCCGCUGCGCGCCAAUGACAUUCUUAAUCUAAUUGAUAUUGGACGCUCCUACAAAGAGCGCGCUUCGGCACCACAGGCGCUAAUGCACCAUCCAGACGUUUUACCAACCAAAUACUCACACCACAAGAACUACUUGCGCGUAGUGGCAGUCAUACGCAAACGCGCCACCAAUUCAUUGAAUGUACUCGUUAGUGAAAAGAUAAUUUUUGUCUACUUAAUUUUUUCAGAUUAA